AUGGAGCUCAAAGUUGACGGUUUUGAUGAGCUCCUAUUGGGGGGAAAUACCACAGAUAGUCCCUCCUCCACACCAACCGAUGACCCACUUCUCCGAUUAUCCAGUCCCCACAACUCAUCACCAUUACCAUCUACACCAUCAUCAUACGUUGAAACAAGACAACUUUCAUUUGAUCUCAGAAGUCACCAAUCUUCUAGGCACAUGAAUAAGAAUGUUAAAAAGAAAUAA